ACUUGUGGGGUUUUAUCAAGAAGCAGAAGGGUUUCACCUCGUCCGAGCCCGCCAAGGUGUGCGCUGCCAUCCGCAAAGGCUUCCUCGCCUGUCACCUCGCCAUGUGGAAGAAACUGGCAGAAUGGCCAAAGACUAUGACAGGUCUUCCUAGCACAUCUGGGACAACUGCCAGUGUGGUUAUCAUACGGGGCAUGAAGAUGUAUGUAGCUCAUGUAGGUGACUCUGGGGUGGUCCUUGGAAUUCAGGAUGACCCAAAGGAUGAUUUUGUCAGAGCCGUGGAGGUGACACAAGAUCAUAAGCCAGAACUUCCCAAGGAAAGAGAAAGAAUCGAAGGACUUGGUGGAAGUGUGAUGAACAAGUCUGGAGUGAAUCGUGUAGUUUGGAAAAGACCUCGGCUCUCUCACAGUGGACCUGUUAGAAGGAGUACAGUCAUUGAUCAGAUUCCUUUUCUGGCUGUAGCAAGAGCACUGGGUGACCUGUGGAGCUAUGAUUUCUUCAGUGGUGAGUUUGUGGUGUCACCUGAACCAGACACAAGUGUCCACACUCUUGACCCCCAGAAGCACAAGUACAUUAUCCUGGGAAGUGAUGGACUUUGGAAUAUGAUUCCACCUCAAGAUGCCAUUUCCAUGUGCCAAGACCAAGAGGAGAAAAAAUACUUAAUGGGUGAGCAUGGACAAUCCUGUGCCAAAAUGCUUGUGAACCGAGCCCUUGGCCGCUGGAGGCAGCGUAUGCUCCGCGCAGAUAACACGAGUGCCAUUGUAAUCUGCAUCUCUCCAGGAGCAGACAAUCAGGGGAACUUCACCAAUGAAGAUGAGCUCUUUCUGAACCUGACUGAGAGCCCUACUUACAACAGCCAAGAAACCUGUGUGAUGACUCCUUCCCCAAGUUCUACACCUCCAGUCAAGUCACUGGAAGAAGAUCCUUGGCCAAGGCUCAACGCUAAGGACCAUAUACCUGCCCUUGUUCGUAGUAAUGCCUUCUCAGAGAAGUUUUUGGAGGUCCCAGCUGAGAUAGCUCGAGGGAGUAUCCAGACUGUAGUGAUGACCUCAAAAGAUUCAGAGGUACUUGAAGAAAAUUGUCCCAAAGCCCUGACUUUAAGGAUUCAUGAUUCUUUGACUAAUACCCUGUCAGUUGGUCUUGUGCCGACUAACUCAACAAAUACUAUCAUGGACCAAAAAAAUUUAAAGAUGUCAACUCCAGGUCAGAUGAAAGCUCAAGAAGUUGAAAGAACCCCUCCUGCCAAUUUUAAAAGGACAUUAGAAGAAUCCAACUCUGGCCCCCUUAUGAAGAAGCACCGACGAAAUGGCUUAAGUAGAAGUAGUGGGGCCCAGGCUUCGAGUCUCCCUGCAGCAUCCCAGCGCAGACACUCGGUCAAACUGACCAUGCGGCGUAGACUCAGGGGACAGAAGAAGAUUGGAAAUCCUCUUCUACAGCAGCACCGGAAAACUGUGUGUGUGUGCUGAGAUGGGCCUGAGAAGUGGGCUCUUCCUAUCUAGGAUGCGAGGGCUUUUUAAACUUGGUGCAGAAGUUGAACUUUUUUUAAGGGGACAAAAUAAAGUGUAUACAGUUUGACUUUUUGGAAUUUAACAGUUUUAUCCUGGCCUUGUACUUGCCUGUAUUAUAAAUGUGAAUUUUGUAGAUGUAGGGAAUUAAGUUGCUGUAAAAUGUGUGUAAAUUUGUAUCCUUUACACAAAUUCAGUCUCUUACUCUGACACAGUAAUUGUGACAACAGGGCUAAUGUUGAAGAAAAAUCAGAAGACUCUGUAAGAUUUUAAACGUGUUUAAACUUUUUAAAAUGCUUAUUAUACACUUGUAUACAACACUUGUGAAGAACACACAACUUUUUAAAGAAAAUUAGUAAGCAAACUGGAAAAGUGAUGUAUUUUCAUAGUGAUCUGUGCUCCACUUAAUGUUUCUUAGGGACCAUUAGUGUCUUUUAAAAGUAUUUUAUUUCUCAUUUCAUAAUCUAUAACUAAACAUUUCAUAGGAAAAGCAUUGAGCCAUGCUAACGUAGCUGAUUUUAGUCUCCUUGUCCCACUUAGACUAUGCAGUAUCUCUUAACUUCAGUAGCAUUUUUCUAGAACAGUACAUCUGAUAUGCUUACUGAAAUUUCUGGCAUAGAAGGAGGUGUGUUUGCCUCAUACACCAUCCCAGAUCAGUGGCAUUAGAAUAUAUAGUUACCCUCUUUUAGUGUUUGCUUAAAAUACGUGAAGUUUUUCUCGCUAUUUCAAUAACAGAUGGUGCUGCUAAUUCCCAACAUUUCCUAAAUUAUUUUAUAUCAUACAGUUUUCAUUGAUUAUUCGAGUAUGUCCAUUUAAUAAAUCAGUGAACUGUUGCUCUUUA